AUGGGAAAUGGUUCAGUGAAACCCAAACAUUCCAAGCAUCCCGAUGGCCAGUCGGGGAACCUCACUGCCGAUGCCCUGCGGAACAAGGUGGCAGAGCUGGAGAGAGAGCUGAGGAGGAAGGAUGCCGAGAUCCAGGAGCGGGAGUAUCAUCUGAAGGAACUGCGGGAGCAGCUCUCGAAGCAGACUGUGGCCAUUGCAGAGCUCACAGAGGAGCUCCAGAACAAGUGCAUCCAGCUGAAUAAGCUUCAGGAUGUGGUGCACAUCCAGGGAGGAAGCCUGAUGCAGGCCUCUCCAGACAAAGUGCCUCUGGAGGUCCACCGGAAGACCUCAGGAUUGGUCUCUCUCCAUAGCAGGAGGGGAGCAAAGGCCGGGGUGUCUGCUGAGCCAACCACACGAACCUAUGACCUCAACAAACCCCCUGAAUUUUCCUUUGAGAAAGCAAGAGUCAGAAAGGACUCCAGUGAGAAGAAGCUCAUUACAGAGGCUCUUAAUAAAAAUCAAUUUCUGAAGAGACUGGAUCCUCAGCAGAUCAAAGACAUGGUGGAAUGCAUGUAUGGAAGAAACUACCAGCAAGGGAGUUACAUUAUUAAGCAAGGAGAGCCAGGAAACCAUAUCUUUGUGCUGGCAGAGGGCCGAGUAGAGGUGUCUCAAGGAGAGAAAUUGCUAUCAUCCAUUCCUAUGUGGACCACGUUUGGAGAACUAGCCAUUUUAUACAACUGUACAAGGACUGCCUCUGUGAAAGCUAUUACCAAUGUGAAAACGUGGGCACUAGAUCGAGAGGUGUUCCAGAAUAUAAUGAGAAGGACAGCUCAAGCUAGAGAUGAACAGUACAGAAACUUCCUCAGAAGUGUAUCCUUGCUGAAGAAUUUACCUGAAGACAAAUUAACCAAGAUCAUUGACUGCUUGGAAGUGGAAUACUAUGACAAAGGAGAUUACAUUAUACGAGAGGGCGAGGAAGGAAGUACCUUUUUCAUUUUAGCCAAAGGAACGGUAAAAGUCACCCAGAGUACAGAGGGCCACGAUCAGCCACAACUGAUAAAAACUCUGCAAACAGGAGAAUAUUUUGGAGAAAAAGCUCUUAUCAGUGAAGAUGUCAGAUCAGCUAACAUUAUCGCUGAAGAAAAUGAUGUCGCAUGCCUCGUAAUAGAUCGAGAAACAUUCAACCAGACAGUUGGGACUUUUGAAGAACUCCAAAAAUACCUUGAAGGCUAUGUGGCAAACCUGACCCGUGAUGAUGAAAAAAGACAUGCGAAGAGAUCCAUGUCUAACCGAAAGCUGUCCAAAGCUCUCUCUCUGGAGAUGAUUCAGCUGAAGGAGAAGGUGGCCAGAUUUUCCUCUUCAUCCCCAUUCCAGAACCUUGAGAUUAUCGCAACACUGGGCGUUGGUGGGUUCGGAAGAGUUGAGCUUGUUAAAGUGAAAAAUGAGAAUGUUGCUUUUGCUAUGAAGUGUAUAAGGAAGAAGCAUAUAGUUGAUACGAAGCAACAGGAGCAUGUCUACUCAGAGAAGAGGAUUCUGGAAGAGUUGUGUUCUCCUUUCAUUGUGAAAUUGUAUCGUACUUUCAAGGACAAUAAGUAUGUAUACAUGCUUCUGGAAGCCUGCUUAGGUGGGGAGCUAUGGAGUAUAUUAAGAGACAGAGGCAGUUUUGAUGAACACACCUCCAAGUUCUGCGUUGCUUGUGUGACUGAAGCAUUUGAUUACCUGCAUCGACUAGGUAUUAUCUACAGAGACCUGAAGCCAGAAAAUUUAAUUCUAGAUGCUGAGGGAUAUCUGAAAUUGGUUGACUUUGGAUUUGCUAAGAAAAUAGGAUCUGGACAGAAAACAUGGACAUUCUGUGGGACCCCAGAGUAUGUAGCUCCUGAAGUCAUUCUCAACAAAGGCCAUGACUUCAGUGUGGAUUUUUGGUCCCUGGGAAUCCUAGUGUAUGAGCUCCUAACGGGCAACCCACCCUUUUCUGGGAUUGACCAAAUGAUGACCUACAAUUUGAUUCUCAAAGGAAUUGAAAAAAUGGAUUUUCCCAGAAAAAUAACAAGACGGCCUGAGGAUUUGAUUAGGAGACUUUGCAGGCAAAAUCCAACAGAAAGGCUGGGAAAUCUGAAGAAUGGAAUCAAUGACAUUAAGAAACACAGGUGGUUAAAUGGUUUUAAUUGGGAGGGACUGAAAGCUCGGAACCUUCCAUCACCUUUACGAAGAGAGCUCAGUGGCCCCACAGACCACAGCUACUUUGACAAGUAUCCUCCUGAAAAGGGAGUGCCUCCUGAUGAGCUGUCAGGCUGGGAUAAAGACUUCUGA